AUGAAUUACAGUCCACACCAUCAACAUUUGGCAACGCGUUUAUUAGCGCCACCACCACCACAUCAACAUCUUCCAUUCGAUCCCCGCCUGCAUCAUCACAACCACCAUACGCAUCCCCUGCCUCAAAACUCUCAGCCCCAUCAGUUAUCGACAGCAAAUCGCAUGAUGUCGCGUAUUUUCUGAAUGCACACACACACAAACCCAACACAUAAUCAAAUAAAAUAAUGAACCAACCGAUUGGUUAUUUUAGGCGGACCAUAAAAGCGAUGGAGAUUUUGUAAAUACGUGUAAAGACCCGACUUUUCCGUAUAUGAACCCACAUAUGCAUGUGCAUAUACAUAUAUGUAGCUAUAAGUAUGCAUAUAUGUACAUCCAUAUGUAAAUACACUCUCACUACGAGUAU